UACCUCUUCAUCGGCACCCUCAACCCGGGGCUGCAGCGCCUGGCGCGCGGCGACGCCGGCCUCGUGAGCACCUACACCAACGCCUUCGCCUUCACCCAGCUCUGCGGGGUGCUCUGCGCGCCCUGGAACGGACUCAUCCUCGACCGGCACAAGCGCGGCAAGGCCCCGCACCCCGACGGAGCCCUGGGGGCGCUGGCUGACCUGCAGGCGUCGGUGCUGUCGCUGGUGGUGACCGUGGUGCUGGGCCUGCUCUUCUCCAUCGCCGCGGCCGUGCCCGUGCUGCCCGUCCAGUUCGGCACCUUCGUGCUGCAGGUGCUCAGCCGCUCCUUCCUCUACGGCGGCAACGCCGCCUUCCUCGCCAUCGCGUUCCCCCCGCAGCACUUCGGGAAGCUCUAUGGCCUGGCCAUGGCGCUGUCGGCGCUGGUGGCACUGCUGCAGUACCCCUGCGUGGCGCUGGUGCAGGGACCACUUCAAGGGGACCCCUUCUACGUGAACCUGGGGCUCAUUGCCGUGGUGCUCCUGGCCUUCGUCAGCCCCGUGGUGGUGGCCCGCGAGUGCCGACACCAAGCCAAGGAGCUGGGGGCUGCUGGCACCCCCCUGGCAGCAGCCCCCGGCACCGAGACCCCAGAGGAGGCGACCCACUGAGCCUCGCACCCCAAAACCCUGUUUUCUAUUGGACUUGGGGGAGCUCUGCCCCAGGCUGGGGUGCAUUUGGGGGGGAAUAAAUAUCGACGACCCCUCUGCUCA